AUGCGGCGAACGCGACUCCAUCGGAUGUACCUGCCGAGGGUGCCAAAGAAGGACCCGAACGCGCACCCACUACAGGUGCAGAGCGCACAGCGUUUUCUGCGCACGGCCGGUGCCGGGGCAGUGCUGGCGGUGCUCUUGUCAGCCUUCUUGGCUCUCCGCAAAACGCAGCAGCGUAGUCGCUUGUCGGAGAAGGAACUGCUACGCAAGCGACAAGGGCAGCACGUUGUUAUCGUGGGAGGUGGCGCUGGUGGGUCCGCGUUGGCGGCGCUCCUCGCCAAUUCCGCGCCGGACUUGAGAAUCACGGUCAUCGAGAAGGAUAAGCAACAGGUCUUCUUGGGACAUGUCCCCCUCGCCCAUGUUGGUCAUCGCAGCUACGACAUCGCGACGUCGACAGGCGUGGACGUUGUCCGCUCCCCUGCGGCGUGGAACGUGACCCGGGACGCCAACCUCGUUGCUGCAGAGGUGCUGCGCGUCGACCCCAAUGCAAAAAAGGUGUACGUGCGCAGCACCAAAGCGAUGCUCAUCGCUGCAGCCGCCCCUAACGAAGACGAUGCAGGCGAGCGCCGCCCAAGUUGGGGGGCCGACCUCCUGUCCCGCUACUGGCCCAGUCGCCAUCCGCAGGUGUCGACCGUCUCGGUCAACGAAGACGGCAGCGCCAAUCUCUCGGAUGGCACAACGGUCUUUUCAUACGAUGCGUUGGUGGUCGCCGCCGGCGCGAACCGCUCGUUAGGGAGUUUGGUAGGUCAGGUCCAACCUGCUCAGCUGGAUACCUACCGCAUCGCUGUCAACCCUGGCACAACGCGAGACAGCCUCGUGAACCUCUUCUCAGGCAACGUAGUGCACGUGAAGGUCCCGCCUGCCUCAUUUGUGCUGCAGAUGGAGGCGGCACGUGCGCUGACAACACCACUGCGCGCGGCGUCAGGCAGCGGUGUGCCGAGCCUUGAACUCGGUGUGACCGUCAGCCCAGCGCUGUGCACGCCGCUGCCGACGGCAGCACCUUCAACGCCGUCUUCUUCUGCAGCGAGAGCCCCACUUUCUAUGCCGGCGCCGCUCGCCCGCUGGUAUGGCACGUCGCGCGCCGCGGCCACCUCGCCUGAAACGGCGGGCGCCGCUCUCAUCCCGGACGAAGUGGCUGAGCGGCUGCGGGGUGUGUCCGGCUUGACCGUCACUGUUUCUCCAUUGAAUACACUAGCGAAGUGGUGCAUGCACUACAGCAGCCGCCAGCAUGAUAGCACCUUUGUGUCCAGCGUCAACACAAUUUGGAAGUUUCUCCACUACUACAACAAACUGGGCUUGUGCCAGUACACGGCGGUGACGGCUGACCCCCAACCGAUAGGACCGGCACCGCGGGCGGUGAACACGGUUAUCGAGAGGUUCUGGCGAGAGCGGCAGUUGGCGUGCCAGCAGCCCAACGGCGACUUUCCAGAGCGCUUUCAUCUUCUCUUCCACAGCUACUUGGCCGCUGUGGACACCGUAGCCAACGUAGCGACGCUUUACGAUUACCUGAACAACGCAGAGGUGCGCGUGCCAUACAGCCUACUGGUACUGGACCUCCCGCUCUGUGCGCCGUCUUUUGUGCGCCAGAGCGGGCUGCACCGCACGCGCUACGUGGAGGAGUGCGUGAUGCCCGCCUUGCAGCGCGGUACAGGUGAGGCCGCCGCGGCGCCGCAGCUGCGUAAGCAUCCGUUUCUGGGUAAAACAAAGAAGGAACUGGAGGCGUUCUUCGCCGACGAGGCAUCGUUCAUGGACGUGAACCAUGAGACGCUGCAGCACCGCCGUUACGCAGACAUCUUUGCGCUUGGCGACGUGGCUGGUGUUCCUUCUUCGAAGAGUUACGGCGCCGUGUACGCUCAGGUCCCUGUCGUGGCACACAACAUUCGGCAGGCGCUGGCCAAUCAGAGAAUGCAAGCUCAGCUGGAGAGUGCCUUGACGGAGGUGUCACGCACCGAGACUUCUGCUGCGGUGACGCAGGCGCCGGCGCUGCCAAAAGCGAGUGCUAAGUACACGGGUUACUCCUCGUUUCAUGUGGUGAUGACCACCUGGAGAGCGAUGUGGCCGGAGAUGUGCUAUGAUGCGCCACAGACGGAGCUGAGGUGCCUCUCACCGCCGUCGUCGCCGGCCGACUUGGCAGAGGCAGCUACCAAGCGGGAGCUGGACGUGGUCGCCCCUCUCGCGCACUGCGAUCACCACCUGUGGAACAGUCUUGCGUGGCGGGACCUACGUGGUUUCCUGAAUGGCCUCUUCCAUGAGCUCGCCCUCUAUGAACUUAUGUACUUUUUCAUCUUCAGCCGUGGUCUGUGGCACUCGCCGUCGUGGUUUUACGUGCCGACGUACUCCCCGAUCGACGGCACGCCGCACGUUCCGACGUGGAGGGACCUCCUUUGA